AAUAGCAUAUUGAAUCUACCUGAUUCUGAAUUAAAUGUAUCAAAUGCAUGUACACAGCUGACGCAAAUUUCACAACAACGAUAUGCACUUAGAAAUACUGUUUGUACUCUUAAUAACGAUAACAUUUAUGUUAAAGAAAAUAUUAGCGGUUCACUUAACAAAGAUGAUAAUGCGGAUGAUGAUAAUAAUACAUCUGAUGGAUCAUUCACAAAUGAAAGUAAUGUCAAGCGCAAGUAUGCAUGUAAAGGAUGUGGUGGAUAUGGACAUAAUAUCCGAAAGUGUAAAUAUAAUGAUAAAGA